CCAAGUUUCCACAGUCAAACAUGACUAUAUGCAAUGUAAUUCAUCCCAGAGAAUGCUACACUUGAAAAAGGACUCCUUUAAUCAUUUUCUGCUUUCUCUUAUUCUCUUGCUAAGUAUCAAUGGCGUUGCUUUCUCUCACAGUCUCCCCAACAUCAUCGUCCCGGUUACCGGGACGACAAAUAGUUAAUUUCAACUUCGUCCAGUGUUGUAGGAAUACAAAUGAAACUAUAUUUGAAAUGGGAAACUCAAUUUCCCUGAAAAAAGCAUUACAGUCGCCACCUCCCAGGCCUCGCCGGAUAAUCUUAGUUCGACACGGCGAAAGUGAAGGGAAUGUUGAUGAGAGUGUCUACACAAAAGUAGCUGACCCGAAAAUUGCACUAACAAAGAAAGGGAAAGCACAAGCUGAAGAAUGUGGAAAAAGAAUUAGAGAAAUGAUUGAGAAAGAUGGAGCAAGUGACUGGAAAGUUUAUUUCUAUGUAUCACCUUACAAAAGAACACUCGAAACAUUGCAGAAUUUAGCACGAUCAUUUGAGCGUCAAAGAAUUGCUGGUUUGAGAGAAGAGCCUCGUCUACGAGAACAAGAUUUUGGAAAUUUUCAGGAUAGAGAGAGGAUGCGAGUAGAGAAAGCUCUUCGAAUAUUAUAUGGUCGUUUCUUUUAUCGGUUUCCUAAUGGAGAAUCUGCAGCUGAUGUUUAUGACAGAAUUACAGGAUUUAGAGAAACGUUAAAAGCAGACAUAGAUAUCGGACGGUUUCAGCCACCCGGUGAACGGAGUCCAAACAUGAACUUGGUGAUAGUGUCUCACGGACUCACGCUGCGAGUUUUUCUGAUGAGAUGGUAUAAAUGGACCGUGAAGCAAUAUGAAGGACUCUGCAACUUUAACAAUGGAGGAAUUCUUGUUAUGGAGAAAGGUUAUGGUGGAAGGUAUAGCUUAUUAAUGCAUCACAAAGAAGAAGAGCUAAGACAAUUCGGAUUGACAGACGAUAUGCUAAUUGACCAACAAUGGCAAAAAAUUGCAAGACCUGGUGAAUUGAACUACGAUUGUCCUACCAUGAAUUCUUUCUUCACCCAUUUUGAAGAUGAAGGCUGCAAAACUUGAAUCAAGACGAGAUUUGUUCCUCAAGCUUAUUGCCUAGAUACAGAACCUAAGAGCAGAAUAUUCUCUGCAGCAAUUCAAGGAAUGAUUAACUAGUUCACUGGUUGAAUUGGUUAAAUUGUUGUGCAAAAAUCAUAAUGCUUAGCAACUUUCUUCUCUAUAUAAUAUAAAAUAUAAAUAUAUGGAGACUGCAAGAAUACCCAUGAUGAAAAUAAAAAUAGACAUUGUUCCUAAA